GAAUUUUAUACUUUCUUGGGGAAUUUUCUUUCCGUGGACAACUUUCCCAGGAAAGUAGAACAUUUCCCGAGAAAAUAUCCACUGUUUCCAUCGACGCCAAAACCAAACAAAAUUAAGAAAACUCUUUUGAGUUGUGAAUCUUGAUCAUGGGUGGUGAUUCUCCAUUAUCAGAAACGAGAUCAUUAGAUAAUCAAUUUGACUGUGAAGAUGUAAAUGAAGCAUGUUUAAAGGAAGCGAAGGGAAAGAGACUAUGGAAGAAAGUUAGGUAUCAGCUUAUUGAAUACCAUUCAUUGCCUGGUUUUUUAAGGGACAACGAGUUCAUUCUGGGUUAUUACCGAUCAGAAUGGCCAUUGAAGCAGGUGUUUCUAAGCAUCUUCUCCAUUCAUAAUGAGACUCUUAAUGUCUGGACGCAUUUGAUCGGGUUCUUCCUUUUCCUUUUCCUAACAAUAUACACAGCAACAAAAGCUCCAGACCUCAUGGAUCUGUCUUCCCUGCAACGUUUGUCUGACAUGAUUAGAAGAGCCGAUUUGCACAAAAUUCAUCCAGAAUUGUUGAAUUGCCUCCCUUCACUAGCUUUUCCAUCUAUGGAUUUUCUCUCCUCAGUUUCAGGGAAUAUAAGGGAACUUCUCGCCAAUUGCUUGCCUGACCGGUUCUCCCACACCAAUCAAACAGAGAAUUCUGUUCUGCAUGGAGUAACAGAUGACGUGAUGAACAUGGUGGCCCCCCUUAUGAAUCGAUCCAUAACAAGGUGGCCCUUCUUUGCAUUCCUAGGUGGAGCCAUGUUCUGCUUGCUAGCCAGCAGUACAUGCCAUCUCCUUGCUUGCCAUUCGGCGCGCCUUUCCUAUAUAGUGCUCAGAUGUGAUUAUGCAGGCAUCGCUGCACUCAUCACAACCUCAUUUUACCCUCCUGUCUACUACUCCUUCAUGUGCAACCCCUUCUUUCGUAACCUCUACUUAAGUUUCAUAACAGUGCUAGGUAUCACCACCAUUAUUUUCUCCCUCCUCCCAUUUUUUCAAGGACCCAAGUUUCGUGUCUAUCGUGCUUCUCUCUUCUUUGUGAUGGGUGUGUCAGGUGUCGUGCCUUUAGUUCAUAAGCUCAUAGUGUUCAGGAAUCAGCCAGAGGCCAUCCAGACUACCGGGUAUGAGGUGUUAAUGGGGGUUCUUUAUGGACUAGGGGCAUUGAUUUAUGCUACAAGGGUACCAGAGCGGUGGAGACCGGGGAAGUUUGAUAUUGCUGGCCACAGCCACCAGCUUUUCCAUAUUUUGGUUGUGGCAGCAGCUUACACUCACUACCGAGCCGGUCUACUGUACCUAAGAUGGAGGGACUUGAAGGGUUGUUAGCUUGUAUUGAGAUAGGACCAACACUGGAAAAUAUUAUACAAAGGGUAAUUUCUAGCCCUUCUCUGUUGGAUUUGGAGGUAUUAGCUAACUUUUUCCUUUGGCCAAAAUAAAAUACACUGUUUUUGGUCUGAAAUUUGUACAUUUUCCUUUUCUUAACCUUCCAGCAUAUCUAAUUACAAGUUUGGUGGAAAGUGAAAUACCUCUUUAUACUGUUUGAAACCUUGCAAGCAUUUUCCAAGCGAAAAGAUUUCUGCACACAUCUUUUCUCCUUCUGUAAGUCCUUGCUUAUUUUUGUCAAUGAAUUCUCGUUUGAUGUACUCAA